AUGGCCGACAAAAUCCACGACAGCAGCCUCUCCAUCAGAGAGAGAAUGGAAGCGCUUGUGCGCUUGAAGCAGAAGGAAAUCACCGACGGGCUUGCCGCCUUGGACACCACCACGUUCCACACGGAUGCGUGGGUGAGAGGUAACAACGGUGGAGGCGGAGAGUCGAUGGUUCUCCAGGACGGCACCACUUUUGAAAAAGGAGGUGUCAACAUCUCAAUUGUCCACGGCAAAUUGCCUCCUCAGGCUGUCCAGCGGAUGCGUGCUGACCACCGUAACCUCAAGGGUGCAGCAGACGGAUCGGUGGACUUUUUCGCCUGUGGAUUGUCAAUGGUGAUCCACCCCCACAACCCCCAUGCUCCAACGACCCAUGCCAACUACAGAUACUUCGAGACCACCGAUCCAGACAAUGGCGAAGUGAUGACAUGGUGGUUUGGCGGUGGAUGCGACCUCACACCUUCGUACUUGUAUGACGAGGACGCUAAGCACUUCCACCAGACACACAAGGAUGCAUUGGACAAGUACGACACGGCAUUGUACCCCAAGUGGAAGAAGUGGUGCGACGAGUACUUCUACAUCAAGCACAGAAACGAGACUAGAGGCGUGGGCGGCAUUUUCUUUGACGACUUUGACGACAAGCCCGCCGACGAGAUCUUACAAAUCGUAGAGUCCUGCUUCGACGCCUUUUUACCUUCCUACGUGCCGCUUGUUGAAAAACGCAUGCACCAAGAGUUCACUGCCGAGCAGAAAAAGUGGCAGCAGAUCCGCCGCGGGCGCUACGUCGAAUUCAACUUGGUCUUGGACAGAGGCACGCAGUUUGGCUUGCAGACGCCCGGCUCCCGAGUCGAGAGUAUUUUGAUGUCGUUGCCUGCAACGGCCAGCUGGGUGUACGACCACCAUCCAGAAGAAGGCACCGAGGAGGCCCGUUUGGUGAAGGUAUUGCAGAAUCCAGUUGAGUGGUGCUAG